CUCAAAUAAAACCACAUAAGCGGUUGAUAAAGCGAAUGGACAAAUACAUUCUUUUCAUGUACAUAUGUACUGAUCAGAAAUUCAUUCACAAAAAUGUACCGAGGCCCGUCAAACCCGGACUAUCACCGGGCACCGGUACCCCCGUCUGCGUUCGGACUCCCCGCAGCCCAAUCUUUUGGUCCUCCGAUGUUCUGCUCUCCUUUUGGGGGUCCGCCGGGGCCUGGAUACGGUGCUCCGCCGCCCGGUCUCCCUCCUCCACAUCCGCCGGGAUAUCUGCAGGCCGCUCAGUACUGCACCAUGAAUAAAAGCUACAGAGAAACAUUUUACGAUAACCCUCACUUCACCAGCUUCAAUACCGACCAGAGUGGUUCCAAACUUGUCAGCUCUCAGGUCACACCUUCACCCUCUUCGCAAAGCUGGUCUACUCAAAAGUUGGAUGAGCAAAACCAAGAAGUCAAGAAAAAAGCAGAGGAGUUCCUUCGAUUCCUGGAGGCUAGUGAACAGAUUGAGCUGAAAGGAGAUAAAAGUGAAACUGGAGAUCGCACUGCAGAAAAGCAUCCAAGCCGAGCAAGGAGUCGGAGCAGAGGGAAGAGCCAGCCACGCAGUCGCAGCAGGAGUUGUGGAAGGAGCCAGGGCCGUAGCCGAGCACGUAGUCGUGGAAAGAGUCGGCCUCGCAGCAGAUCCCGCAGCGGUAGACGCAGUCAAGCUAAAAGUUGCACGAGGGCCAAAAGUCGUCCAAGGAGUCGUAGUCGCAGUCGUGGGAAGAGUACUCGGAGCAAGAGUCAGGCACGCCUGAGCCCAAGCCAGAGUAAACAGUCUCACAGGGGAAACGCAGAAAGCAAUCACAGCUCUAGCAACGCCAGCAGUGGACCGAGCUUUGGAGCUUUUGGCCUACAGAGUAAAGAUCUGGAGAAACACCUGCCUUUGGUGAAGAGUGCCCUCCUCAGAAAUCAGAGUGCUGACGAAACAAGUGGAACCUUUCUGGGAAAUCAACCUGCAGUAAGAAACUUCCAGAACCCCGAACUGAGGUCAGAACCUGAAACCUCUUUUGGACCCCUUCUCCCACACGAGAGCAGCAGCUUUUCCAAUAUCUUAUCCUGGAACACACCCAACCAGCAGCCUGAAACCAAGCCAGUGUUUCAGAGUGUUGAAGAUGAGGAAAAAUUCCUUUAUGGAGAGGACGAGGAGCGGGCCAAACCUCAGGCCGUAACUGUUCCAUUGGCCCAAACCAGAUCUGUGAGAUCUCCAGUUCAUCCUAUUAGUAAAGAACACCAGACUCACAUUGUCCAGGAAACCAUAGCUCAUGACCCACCAGGUGUGCAGCCCGCUGAUUCAGGCACUGCAAAAGUUACUCCAGAACAAUGUGAGAAGUUGAAAAAUCUCCUGAGGACCUUCGGACUGAAUUCAAGCAUGGCUGACAUCUGUAAAAUUGCUGCCAGACUAAAGGAGAAAAAGGAAGAGCAAGGAGUUGCCUCCUCGCUCGCACUGCUCAAACCAGCACUGGAGGUGCUUCAAGCAAUGUCCAAAGCAUCCAAAACUGAUGACAGUAGGAGUAAUCGCUCUGAUAGCAGCCAUUCUCGAGAGUCAAAACGUGAGGAGAAGAAAGUGGAUGAGAAGGAGAGAGAGAGACGAGAGAAACAGAUUCAGAAGAAAAGGAAAGAGUACCUGGUAAAGGAACUGGAGGGCCUGAUGAAACAGGAAGGUAGUGGUGAUUUGAUCCCAGUGAUGGGUUUCUUCUGUCAGCGUUGUGAGGAGUUCUUUGGGGAUCUGAACAGCGCAGAGAGACAUAUCGCAUCUCACAAACCUCAUGAAAAGAACAAGAUGGGGUCACAGGAGCAGCACAGGGAUGCUAAAAGACAUGGAGACCACCAUCAAACUCCAUCUCACAGAAAAGAGAGCCCCCCCAGGAAGGCUGAGAGGUUACCAUCCUCGCAGGUCCCCCAGGACCACAGGGAACGCAUCAGAGACGUUAAAAGCCCUCACUCUACAAACAAACUGAAAAGCAAGCCAGAGGGCAAAGUUAGUAAGGAUGAGAGUAAGGACAAAUCCAAAGAGAAAAACGAGAAACUGGAUUAUGAUGAUGCAGAAUCAACAAAGAGUGAGAAAAAGAAAAAGAAGAAAGAGAAGAAACUAAAGAAGAAAGAGAAAAAGAAGAAAGACAAGAAAAAGGAGACUGAUAAGGAUUUACCUUAGCUUCCUUGCGUGGUUCAUUUCUUUAAGGGCAGCAGCAGCCACAUGUUUGAGUUUUGUUAUUAGAUUAAACACCAGCUGGACAUACUGAAUUCUUUGGCUGAUUCUCCUAUGAUUAUUGUUAAUGCGUCCUGUAGGCGACACUACAAUUGCUUCACGUGCAGUUACGUGAAAUGUGAAAGACUAUGAUGUCAAACUAAAACAAAGGCAAACAUUUUGGUAACACCUCACAAUAAAGUUAUAUAUGUUAACAUUAGUUCACACAAUAGUUAACAUGAACAAUACUUUUACAGCAUUUAUUAAUUUUGGUUAUUGUUCAUUUCUACAUAUAAUAAUACACAUUUCACAUAAAUGUUACAUUUAACAUUAGUUAAUGCAUCAUGAACUAACAAAGAAGAAUAGUAUAUUUAUAAAUUACCAUUAUACAAGAUUAAUAAAUGCUGUGAAAAAUGUUAAUGUGAAAUGUUAAUUGUUUGUUCAUUAUAUCUAUAGUAACAUAUACAACCUUAAUGUGAAGUGUUACUGAAAUUUCAGUAAUGUGCAGAAAACUGAGACAUUGUGUCGUCUUUGAGUAAAGAAUGUUCUGCUUAACUAGCCAAGAAUGUCCAAUCCCACUUGUUACUGUUCUCCAAACCAUUGACAUUGUACAUUUCGGACCUUUCUUACACCAUUUAAAAUGUUCAAAAAGAAAUGUAUUUGAUUUUGAGGUUUGUGGUAAGUACAAGUUCUGUUAUCUUUAUAACCCUUGUGUGUACAGUUGAUAAAAUUGUGCUUUCAGUCUAUUUUCUCGGUUCAUUCGUUCUCUGUACAGGUGAACAUACCCUUUUGUGUCCUUUUAUUAAAGUUGAAAACAUAAUAGC